AUGGGGGACUCACCAGUCGAUCUGUUCACAACAGAGAUAUCUUUAUCCACCGUCGGUGUUACGUGGAAUUCCCAGAGAUUGAAGGUUUUAUCCAUGCCCAGUUCGGCGGUACAAACAAAAUGGAGGAGAAGUGAAUUCAGCGAAAUACGUCUGAAUCACGUUUUUUCUGUACAUUUAUUUACCAAGGACUGUCGAGUAAAAAUGUCUAAGAUUGCUCACACUUUCCAAGAUAAAGCACGAACUGGGGAUGUUGUCAUUUCAGAGGCAAUCUCAUUUGACAGUUUAUUGCUCUCAAAAACUGUUCUCAAUGGAUUAAAAAAUUCAGGCUUUGAUAGACCAUCUCCGAUUCAACUUAAAGCGAUACCUCUUGGGAGAUGUGGUUUAGAUCUGAUUGUGCAGGCGAAGUCAGGCACUGGGAAGACAUGUGUGUUUUCCGUAGUUGCCUUAGAGACUGUGCUCACAGACACAGCCUCAACACAGAUCCUGGUCCUGGCGCCGACACGUGAGAUAGCGGUGCAGAUCUGGGAGGUGAUGACAGGCCUAGGGAGCGCUAUGAAGGGACUCGAGUGUCACACAUUCAUCGGUGGGAUGCCACUGCAUGAGGACAGAAUGAAGCUAAAGAAGUGUCACAUAGCAGUGGGCACUCCAGGGCGUAUAAAGCAGCUGAUAGAGGGCGGUGUUUUGUUGACUGACAGCAUCAGGUUGUUCAUACUGGAUGAGGCUGACAAGCUGCUGGAGGAAAGCUUUCAGGAGCAGAUAAACUGGAUCUACUCCAUGUUGCCUGACAACAAGCAGAUGCUGGCCCUGUCGGCCACCUACCCAGAGUACCUGGCAGACCACCUGACGGCCUACAUGAGGAACCCCACCUUCCUGAGACUCAACAUCUCAGAUCCAGCUCUGUUAGGUAUACGUCAGUUCUAUGCAUUGGUGCCCUACCACCCAAUUGCUCAUGCUGUGUUUGAAGAGAAGACCAAGGCCCUGGUCCACCUCCUGUCCAGUGUCAGCUUCCAGCAGUGCUUGAUCUUCUCAAACCUCCAAACAAGGGCCCAGACGCUAGCUGAUGUGUUGAACGGCAAGGGUUGGCCCACUGCCUGUAUAGCGGGAUGCCUGGAUCAGAGGGACCGCAACCAUGCCAUGGCCAAACUGAAGACCUACAAGUGUCGCAUCCUCAUAUCAACUGAUCUGACAUCGAGAGGUAUUGAUGCUGACAAGGUCAACCUGGUAGUCAACCUGGAUGUACCUAAGGACCACGAGACAUACCUGCACAGGAUUGGGCGCGCUGGCAGAUUUGGUUCAUUCGGUAUAGCGGUGACGCUGGUGAGUGAUGGACAGGAGCAGCUCAGUCUGGACUCCAUACAGAAACGUUGCAACACCCAGGUCCUACCCCUGCCAGAUCCCAUUCCCACCGACCUAACCAACCCUGGCACCCCCGUGUAUCUUGAUGACCUCGUCUCCAGUGAGGUCAUCAAUACAGCUGCAAGGCAUCUGGUGAAGAAGGGAGGUACCUAUCAGCCAAUAAAAAACGCUGGUAAAACGGUCGUGGAAACGGGGAAAACUGAAGUUUUGGGAACUUUGUCUGCUGGUAAAACGGUCAUUGAAACUGGGAAAAUUGAAGUUUCUGGAACUUUGUCUGCUGGUAAAAAGGUCAUGGAAACGGGGAAAACUGAAGUUAUGGGAACUUUCUCUGCUGGUAAAACAGUGUUGGAAUCGGGUUAUACAGAAGUUGCUGGAACUUUUUCUUCAGCUCUACAAACCUACGCUGAUUCAGUCUCAGCUGAUACUGGUGAUACUGAUAAAGAUGAGGCUGAUCUGUCUAAAGACAACUGUUCAAACGAAGAUAAAUUUAGGGAUAUUACAAAUCACAUAGAAGCCAAGAAUCAAGAAGAUCUUGAUGAUUUUGAGACAUUAAAACCUGAUGCAAAAUGUACUGAAUGGAAAACAAACAUGGGAAAUAAAAUGAUAACUUCCAAUGGAGUUAUUUGUGAAAAACCAGAAGCUGAUAGUAGUUCUAGUGUUCAUUCAAAAGCAAACAACAGAGACAUGUCAUCUUCUGGAUUGUUGGUAGUAAGAAAUGCACAUAGUUCUGCACCAUUUAAUGCCUUUGGUCAGAAAUGGGAGAAUGGAAGUGCUCAAUAUUCUGCUCCCGGUCUCUGCAAUAUCAAUGAUUCUCGCUGUGAGCAAGUAGAAGAAGCAAAAUUAAACAACGGCAACAUUUGUGUGUAUAAGUCUGAUACAAAUGAAGGUCAAUCCAAUGGUGAUUAUUUAGGAGGAAAAGGUGAAUUGAAAGGUAGUCAUUUUACUGUAUUUUGUAAAGAUAAGACUUCCAAGUGUAGAAAUAUUAAAAAGCUUGAUUUAGUUCAGUUGUUUCAGUCAAUGAUAGGCUUUCAGCAUUCAGGCAAAACCUGCAGUUAUGCCUCCAACAUGGAGUCAUUUACACGCUUCAAAGAUAAUGAGGAUAGCACUUGUUAUAGUACUGAACCAGAAAUAGCCUGUGUCAUCCCAAACACUAAUGAACAAAACACUGAAGCAUUAUAUUUGAAGGAAAAUGUUGCUAGCAUUCAAGAGGCCCUAAAUGAAUGUGGUAGAUUUAGACAAGCUGAUAUGCCUAAACUGUCAAGAGACCAUGGUCAACAACAGCUUUCAAUACAUGAAGAUGAACAAGCAAAAUCAGUUUUAGAAAUCUCUACAGGUACAUCCAACAACUUGACAGAUUGCAUGGAUUCACACAUAAAAGCCGAAAUUCCAUAUAAAUCUGGUAAUCAGAACACAGUUCCAAGCAAGUUUUGUUCCAAACUGGAAGUCAGUCCACCUAUACCCUUGGAAAGAAAAUAUAAAUCAAAUCAAUCAAAAUCUAGACCUAAGGCUGCUGGUUAUCGGAACAAAUUCGCAGUUGCCUACUUAAUGCAAGAUGGUAUGAUUGAAAAGGAAGAGGAACAGGUUGAUCAAAUCAUGUCUUAUGAAAACAAAGAUGAAAAAGUUUCUCAAGUAAAUGAAGAAAACAAAGAACCAUUGGAAACAUACUACGAUAAUGUCAACAAAGGAAACAAAGUUUCUCAAUUAAAUGAAGAAAACAAAGAACCAUGGGAAACAAACUGUGAGUCUCAGUGCCCAGUAUUGUACAAUCUAGAUAUACCAAUUGAAACUAAUAAGAAGUUGAUGAAGUCAAAACAUUCAGAAUUGAAGGAAGAGCUGCUGAAAGAGGGGAAAUUAAGCCGAGGUUUACAAGAGUUGCAGGAAAGGCUGCACAAAGAGUGGCAGCCAAGCCUUGGUAUCCAAAAGCAUGCUGUGAAUGAAACUGAUGAUUCCAGUGAGGACUCCCUCACAGACUCUACUGAAAGUGGUUCAGUCACCGAUAAUGAAGACAGUUCUUCUGAUGACUUGGUUCCAAAUGCUCAAACAUUGAGUAGAGCGAAGUCAGGAUGCUCAACAAUUAUUGAAAAUAAGAACUUUAGUUUGAGGCACCCACCAUUUCCAAAAGCAUCAAGACAAUCAAUCCAUACAAGCAGUCACCAACAAGAUCAACAGAAAGAAUCAGUAACUGUUCCUCUGCAUUCCUACAAAGGUAAAACAGCAAAAUAUUCCAGUGAUAAUGAUUCCGGAGCUUCUGGGCAGAAAGCAUGUGUUAAUGGUGUGGAGAAUGAUUAUGAAAGGCGAAUGCACAACUGGCAUAAUGAGUAUCAGAGCUGGUGUGCAAGGUUUCAGAGCCCUAGUAUGGCACAUUACUCUAUGUUUGAUGGACAAAGUGGUGCCAGUGGACUUUAUGAUAGCUACACGUAUUCACACCCUUACCCGUACUACAACAACCCAUUUGGUUUUUACUCACAAAAUCCUGUCAGCUACCAUGAAGGUGUUACAAGCUUGCAUUCUGGAAAUUUUCGCAGACAGUUUAAUGACCAAUUUGAAAUUCAGAACCGGUAUUUGAAGGAAAUGAGCCGGUAUGUAUGGAAUACCAGGCAAAAGAAAUAGCAACUGUGUGGUUUUCAAUAAUCAGAAUAACAUGAAUGUGUUUGAUGUGCCAGUUGAUUUAAACUCCUUUCAUUUGAUCAUUUGAUAACUCUUUGAUGUAUAAUUUACUGUGAAUCAGUUUAUGCCUGUCUAUUGUUUUAUUGACAGCUUUACUGCAACACUUCUUGAAAUUAUGAUGGCAAGUCUGAGGUAGGGCUGUCUGAAUGGUGAUGCAUUGAGGAAACGGACAUAUUUUGAUAGCUAAAUAUCUUUGUCUCAAUCAUAAAUAAUAACCUGUCAUUUGUCUGUCAGAUUGUUGUUCAAUAUAAGGAAUGUAAAAUA